GUAGGCUGUUCUUUGUGUGCCAUGAUAUCCAUCUGCAAUGCCAGAUAAUCUGCUGACUUUAACAGCGGGAAGAUUCAGUAUCGCUCUAUGAGUUCCUCCGCAUUCCUUCAUGCCUGCUGAAUCUGAUGUGCUGUUUAAAAUCGAUGAAUGAGUACUAUGGCACCCCUGUUAAGACAGCUUUUCUUCAUGACCCUCAGGGUGGUGGAAACUAGAUAAACAAGGCAAACACCUAUUUAUUCCCACGCCAUCAAAUUUUGGGAGACUGCGCAGCUCGCCAAAGAUUGUUUACUCCAAGUAGUUUGACGACGUUGACAUUAUCCGUUGCUCUCUCAGUCACCACCCAUCGCUUUCCAUUCCCAUAGACUAAGAGGAAGUUGCUACUAUAGCUUCAAAUGUGGCACUUCCGUGGGAGAUGCCAGCCGAUAUGAUGCCAUGGCAGGGUCAGCGCCACUUAUGGCACUUCCAGAUGUUAGAUUCCGCGUAGGAUUGAUGGAUGGCUUAGCAAAAAGCUACUAUGGCUAGCCACAUGCAGCUUUUGGUUCUUGUUGGUAUCUGUGUUCACAGUCGUAAGGAUUUGAUGCGCAAGGAUGAGGCAACGGGCGCACAACAACGUUUAUCGAGAACGCGUGUGGACUUGUGG